UGGCUCGUACUGCAAAGCAACAUCCAAGAAUGAGGACACAUUAAGACCAUCUGCUGACAGUCCAUCCCUGGGAGCUGCUCUCCGUGCAGGCUUCACAAGGAGCCCAAAGCAGCAGGACCCAUCGUAUCUUUCAUGAAGUGAACUCGUGUGUCUCUGGAGCAGUGGGAAAGAGGAGUUCCUUGAUCUGGUAGGAAACCACAGCAAAAGGAGCUGAAAUCUGGGGCACAGGCCCAGGGGAAAGGCUGUCUGCCAUCUGUUGCCUUCUGGCACUAAGCUGCUUCCUGAAGAUUACACAGCAAGCCAGGAUGAACAUCAAGAGGAGCCAAUCCAGGCAAGAACACGGGGCCAAAAGAGCCUGGGGAGUUUGAAGAUGGAGCCUUAUCAGCUUAACAAAAGGGUUGGCACAUUAAAUGAGCAAAAGCUGCAGGCCCUGCAUGCUUAAGGUGCACCCCUCAGCACUCUGAGGUUUUCACCUUCAAGGACAGAAGCCUCUCGGAGUGAUAUGUGGCAGCCUUGGCCUCAAGGAGAGAAGGCACCUGCAUAACCACGUGGAAGCAGCAGAGCAAAGGGCCUGGCACAUCCAUGGGGACCAGCUGGCACCAGGAGCAGAUGGUUUGAGUGGGGAUUUUUGCCUCUCUGAGAGGCCAUGCACUCAAUCUGUGUCAUGUUCACCAAACUGCAGUUGCUGCAAGAGGCUUGAAUCCAGAAAUGGCACCACUAUCCCCCAGGCUUUACAGUGAGAAUAACCCCGUGGCAGUGGUGGAGGAAAGCAGCUCUGGGAUGUGAGAAUCACCCUGACACAAACGAAGCCUUGUGCAUCACCACCAGUGCUGGUGCCCACCAUGCCCUGCACAGUGCCAGCACCUUCAGAGGAAGCUGUGGAGGAGGACUUCUAAAGUAGCUGAGGCUGGGCACAGACUGGGGAAGAGGAGAUGCUCCUUUCCUCAGGGUUGGCUGCCACCAGAAGCAAACAGCAAAAAACCUCAGUGCAGCUCCUGCCGGAGCCUUCGGGAGCCGCGGUCCUCACCUGAGACAUCCCAGCACAAUUCCCCCGUUUGCAGGAAAAGCUGUAACAGAAUUAAGGUGAGGAAAAAAGGAAAAAUUACUGGAACCAGUUCAGUGUAAGCUGCCAAGAAUCUGCAAAUUACCUUCUCAGACGGUCUGUAUUAAUUCCCCUGAUGCAGCAAUGAUAAAUCCUUAUUAAAGAGGAUGACAUGAGGAGAUUUUACUGCCUGUAGGGAAACUCCUGGUCACAAGCAAUGAGGAAGACUAUCUCCCUCUUGUUAGCGACCAGAGCAUGGUUUUGCAUCCGGAUCAUCAGGUUUGUGAGUGUGUGUGUCCUUCCCCAAGAGCCACGGUGUUGACACCAACCCAAAGUGUGUGAUGUUGUGUUGUACAAGGCAGGGACAUGAAGCAAGGCAAGUCCCAGGUGCCCACGUCCUGUGGACAGUGAUUUUGCACUGGCAGCAGCACUGGAUCUCUGCAGGUUCACCGUGUGUGCUGUUCCCUGUCUCUCUGGAAGUCCAGCCCUGGGAGCUCCACGCAGAGAAUCAUUUAAAUUAAACAAUUUUUGGCCUGUAACCACAUAAAGCAUGAAGGUGCCUGUCAUGCUCGCUGUGCUAACGAGAGAGAGGGGCUGUGAGGGCCCCUUCCCUCCCCACCUGCACAUGCCAGUUAUGCCCCAUACCCACGGUGGGCCAGGCAGGGCAGGGAGCACAGCACCAGGGGCAGCCUCACAUACCAGUCCUAAACUUUUACGCCUUAUUUCCAAAGUCACUGAGCUCUUUCUCUGCUCUUCACUUCUUUAUUCAUGCACCACACUACCUUGCUGGGUUGGAGUGGGAAAAACACUCUGCUUGCUUCUUGUCUCACGGGUUGAACCCGAGCCUCUGCCAGAGCGAUGUAAAGCUGUAGCUAUGGAAACUCCCUACCCUUUUUUUGGAUUUAAUUUUUUUUAUUAUUUUUUUUUUAAAGGCAUGAACAUUUCUCUCUUUGGAGAUCCCAGAUGGGGCUGCUGGUGUCUGAGCGGUUGUUCAUGCAGCCCUGAGGGCUCAUCCCUGGGAGAUGCUGAGAGGUCUCAGCCAGCACCCAGUGUCACUCAGCACCUGGAGUUGGAAGCACAGGCUCAGGCGGUGUUCCAGUGUCUGCAAGCUCCAAACUCCUUCUCUUGUCCCUUUGGGAUGGAAAUAGCAGCACAUUCAGGAUGGCCCCAGGGGGACUGGAAGGGGACAUUCCCAAGGGCAGCGGACACACCAUCCAGGCUGUUAAUGGAGAAGAGGGCGGAUGACAGCCGGGACCGUGGUCAUCACAGGUGGAAUAUUAGCGACUGUCAUUUUGCUUUGUAUCAUCGCCGUCCUCUGCUACUGUAGGCUCCAGUACUACUGCUGCAAGAAGGAUGAGUCCGAGGAGGACGAGGAGGAGCCCGACUUCGCCGUGCACUCCCACAUCCCGCCGCUCCACUGCAACCGCAACGUAGUGCUGACCAACGGCCCGUCCCUCUACGCCUCCUCACCCUUCGGCAAAAAGCCGGCACCCAGCCGGCCCAGCUGCCCCAGCUGCACCCCCUACGAGCCCCCCACCUUCUUCCUGCAGGAACCCCUUGAGGAUCUGCACAACGGGGGCGACCGGGUGAGCUACAAGACGGUGAGCCAGGAAGACCUGGACCUGCCGGUGAGCGUGGCCAACCUGCAGGCCCUCAACCCCAACCGGCUCUCGGCCAUGCGGGAAGCGUUUUCCCGCAGCCGCAGCAUCAGCACCGACGUGUGAGGCUCUCCCAGCCUGGAGCAGAGCAUCACAUCACACCUCGCUGCUGCUGCAGGGGCUUUUUAACAGCAGGGAGAACUUUAUUUUUAAAUUCAUGGAAGAGUUUUGAAAAAGAAAAAAAUGGGGCGGGGGGAGGAAAGAAUGUAUUGCUACAUUCUGUGGGCUGAGACGCACUGAACAGCUGUAUAAAGGGGUAACAGAAAAGCAAACCUCAAAGGGGAGCCCUGGGGAGGAUGAGUGCAGCUGGGACACAAGGUUUUUCUAGUGCUGCGUUGCAUUUUCUUUUAUAAAGAGGAUUUUUGAUAUUGCACAUCCUUUUGUACAGCAUCAAUGUCCCUCCUCGCCAUGCAACUGGAGCCCUGAGUGAUGCCAGGCAAGGCCAUGGGGCACAGGGUUGACUGCAAAAUGGCUCGUGCUGCAAGUCAGCAGGUGUCUGCUGGCAGGUCAUGGGGGCACGUUGCAGCUGGCUGCUCCUGGCUAUAGUGGGCACACCCACCCCCC